AUGGCUCAAGUGGCAGUCAUUACAGGUGGAGCAUCCGGAAUGGGUCUUGCUGUGGCGACGUCUCUCGCAAACAAGGGUUGGCACGUUCACAUCGCCGACUUAAACAGAGAUCUCGCCGAACGAGCAGCGCGAGAGCUUUCAGGCUCAUACUCCUGUACGAACGUUAGCGACUACGCGUCCCUCAGGUCGAUGUUUGACGGCGUCUUCCGGGAGAAAGGAGAGAUCAACUUCGUUUUUGCAAAUGCUGGCAUUGGAGAGAAACAAGACUUCUACGCCGCAGCUAACAAACAGGCCCUUGCUUCUCAACCGCCAGAGCUCGACAGAAACAUUGACAUAAAUCUGAAGUCCGUAAUCAACACUAGCUAUCUUGCCCGACAGUACAUGCGAAGGAACAAGACCCGCGGCCAAUCCUGCCUUAUCCUGAAUGCCAGUAUCGCAGGCAUCUACCCAGUCCGAUUUUGCCCCAUCUACACAGCUGCGAAGCAUGGCGUUGUAGGCUUCGCACGUGCAAUUUGUGGUUAUUUCUUUGAUGAUGACGGCAUCAGAGUAAACACGCUAUGUCCUGGCAAUGUACGGACUAAUCUGUUUCGUCCAGAGGAGUGGGACGUCUUCAAAAUAGAGUGGAUUGAAGUAUCUCAAAUCGUCAAAGUUGUGGAAAUGAUGCUUUUUGAUGAAUCGAUGAAUGGCAUGGUUGUAGAAGUUGCACCGAAGGAAUACUUCUUUCACGAGGCUCCUCCGUACUCGAACGACAACGUGAGGGCUACGUUAGAGAAGCCAACGUUCCGGAACAUGGGAAAGUCCGAUCCAAUGAACAAAUCCAUGUGA